AGAACAUCCACUCAUAAUUAUCACACACGCUAAGCGACUGAGGGGAGGGAGAGAGAUCUCGACUCACCCAAACCCACCCUUUCUCCGUUCUCCUUCGCGAGAGGAGAGAUCUCUAUCAGUUUUUGGUGUUUCCCGAAUCGCGCAUCCAAGUCCGACGGGCGAGACGAGGAAUACUGAUCCACCGAUCCAAUCCCAAGCGGAGGGGGAGGAGGAGGAGGAGGAGGAGAAGAAAAGGCGAAGGGGGGAAGAAAUCCUAGAUCCGUUGUUUUCUCCUCGUAAUUUUCUUGUAAUUUGUUCUUGGAGGGGUAGAUCUGAAAGAGCAAGGAGAAAUGAGCGAGGGAGGGUUUCUCGACAUCCAGCCGACGGAGCUCAAAUUCCCUUUCGAGUUGAAGAAGCAGAGCUCAUGUUCCAUGCAGCUGAUUAACAAGACAGAUCAAUAUGUUGCCUUCAAAGUUAAAACAACCAACCCGAAGAAAUAUUGUGUCCGCCCUAAUACUGGGGUCGUCUUACCCAGGUCCACCUGUGAUGUCACCGUCACGAUGCAAGCACAAAAGGAGGCUCCACCUGACAUGCAAUGCAAAGACAAGUUCCUACUUCAGAGUGUUAUCGCAGAAAAUGGUGUGACGACCAAGGACAUAACAUCCGAAAUGUUCAAUAAAGAACCCGGUAAGGUUGUUGAUGAGUACAAGCUGCGGGUAGUAUGUGUUCCUGCUAGUCCUCCCUCACCUGUUCCUGAGGAAUCAGAAGAAGGAUCCUCACCAAGGUUGUCAACAUUUGAAAAUGGGGCCCAAAGUUUAAAAACACUUGAUUCUGUAUCAAGAGCUAAUGAACCCCCAAGAGAGAAAUCAUCGGAGGCAUUGGCUAUGAAUUCAAAAUUGCCCGAAGAGAAAAAUUCUGCCAUUCAGCAAAAUCAGAAGCUCCGACAGGAACUGGAUCAGCUGAGAAAAGAACUCAACGGGCACUAUGGCAGCUUCAGUGUCACAUUUGUAGUCUUGGUGGGUCUUCUAGGUGCUCUUAUUGGGUAUAUCAUCAAGAAGUCAUAGAACAGAAGACAAAAAUGAUGAGUCUACCACAUGAGCAAGGUACCCAACUAAAAUGUUAUUUUUCUUCUCUUCUUGUUCUUUCUCUAGCCAUCAUGGACUCUUGUAGUAUACUCCCAUUGUUGUUAACUUGUUAUGAAGGGAGCUGUUUUGUGCAUCUUGUUUUAGAUUGAAAUAUCCGUAUUGGUGAUGGUAAGGACCUUCAGAUACAAUUUUGUGAAUGCUAACUUGGACUUCUUUCAUA